AUAUAUAUAUACACUAUAUUGCCAAAUUAUUGGGACACCCCUCCAAAUCAUUGGAUUCAGGUGUUCCAAUCACCUCCAUGGCUACAUGUGUAUAAAAUCAAGCACCUAGGCAUGCAGAAUGCGUCUACAAACAUUUGUGAAAUAAUGGGUUGCUCUCAGGAGCUCAGUAAAUUCAAUCAUGGUACCGUGAUAGGUUGCCAGCUGUGCAAUAAGUCCAUCUGUGAAAUUUCCUUGUUACUAAAUAUUCCACAGUCAACUGUUAGUGGUAUUAUAACAAAGUGGAAGCAACUGGGAACAACAGCAACUCUGCCAUGAAGUAGUAGUCCACGUAAAAUGACAGAGCAGGGUCAGCUCAUGCUGAAGCUCACAGUGCACAGAUGUUGCCAACUGUCUGCA